AUGGCGGCAUUCGAUGGAACGUCCUGCCCGGAGGAACACCUGAUGGCCUACAAAAACUUGAUGCUGCUGUAUACCAAUGACCCGUCGUUGUGGUGCAAGUUCUUCCCGACUACUCUUACGGGAGUAGCGCUGACGUGGUAUACCUCCCUUCCAGGAGGAAGUAUACACAACUUUGCCCAACUGGAAGAGAAGUUCCUGGGCCACUUUGUAGCUUCCAGAAGACAGGAGAAAUCAAACUUCCAUCUACUCAGCAUCACACAAUUGGAAGGGGAGUCCAUAUCAUCCUAUCUAAAAAAGUUUCAUGAGGCGGUGCUGAAAGCCCAUGAUCCUAAAAAACGGAGGUCGGAUAAGAAGGACCCCACAGCCAAUCACCCCUCAAGGAGCAGAGAGGAACAACCAUCAAGGAGGGAAAGAAACUACAUGCCGCGUCGUCCGGAACCCCCGUCAGAUAUGGGGCCCCCACGACCCCGUCACGUAUAUGUCACUGAAGGGGAGCCCAGGACGCGGAAUCUGUUAGAUGGAGAGCACGGCCAUACUUUAGCCCAAUGCCGCGAACUCAAACGUAUCCUCCAUCAAUUGGCGGACGAGGGAAAAUUGUCCAGGUUCAUCAACCGAAAGGACUACGACGCUAGAAAGGAAGCAGAAAGAAGGCCAUGGAAUCCGAGACGCAGAUCCCCCAAAAGGGAUGAGGCUAGGCACGAAAGUUCCAACACUCAAGGAACUAUUAACAUGAUUUGCGGAGGAUAUACGGAAGAAUAUCCUACCAUCCGCGCAGCGAGAGAUAGCAUCCACACCCUACUAAAAGGGCCCCCGAAAGCCUCGUCAAGUGGGCCGAUCAUGAGGUUCGAUGCCACGACCUCUCAAACACUGCAACAACCCCAUACGGACCCUUUGGUGGUCACUCUCAAGAUUGGGCAAAUGAAAGUCAAAAGGGUGCUCGUGGAUACCGGGAGCACGGCCGAUCUCAUAACAAUGGAGUGCCUUAGAAAAAUGAAGUUCGAGGAGAAGCACUUAUAA